AUGCAUCAAGCCCACUUCCAAUUUGCCACCAACUUUGCGGAAGAAGAGGUCCCCCCGGUGAUCACGCUGCCCCGCAGCUUCCGGUCAUCCGGGUCCUCCCCACACGUGGGAACAGCGGUGGUGACCAGGCAAGACAAGCGGCUGGCAGUGGGGAGGCUGGGUGCCUUGGUGGAGCAGAUUGAGGCACUGGUCUCCAAAGACCUUCAAGUCAUCCUGGUGACCAGUGGAGCAGUGACAGUGGGCAGGCAGAAACUGUUCCACCAGCAUGUGCUCAACAGCAAUCGUGCGGCCGCAUCGGCGGGACAGAGCGGGCUCAUGGCUCUGUACGACACACUCUUUGCCAUGAUGGAUCUGCAGGCGAGUCAGCUGCUGGUGACGCCGCGGGACUUCCGGGACGAGAACUUCAAGAUCAAUCUGCGAGAGACGACCGAGGAGCUUCUGUCGGUCGCGCGCGUGAUCCCCGUCUUUAAUGAGAAUGAUGCCAUCUCCGACCGCAGCAAGGACGUGGAUGGAAACAGUGGUUUCCAAGACAAUGACAGCCUGGCCAAGGAACUCGCCAAGGAGCUUGAUGCAGACCUCCUCGUGCUGCUCACCAAUGUAGAUGGCCUACUGGACGGCCCGCCAAAGGAUCGAAGCUCCAAGGUGAUCCACACCUUCAACCCGGCGAUCAUGGAACACUUCCAGUUCAGCGGCGCGUCGACCGUUGGCCGGGGGGGCAUGGAGGCCAAGGUUGCAUCUGCAUGGGACGCAGCGCAGGCCGGAGUUACCACCGUCAUCGCCAAUGGCAAGGAGCCCAACGUGCUCCUGCGGGUGAUGGAAGGGAUGCAGGAGGGAACGCUGUUCAACAGGGAGGCAGUGGAGGCGGAGGAUGCCGCCUCGCGCGCCACCAGCACGGCCGGCUCCGAUGAUGGCGGCGACUCGGCCGACACCGCUCGCGACUGCGCCACCGCCGCCCGCACCGCCUCCCGCAAGCUCCAAUCGCUGCCCACAGAGACGCGGGUGAGGAUACUGCGCAAGAUAGCAGACGACCUGCAGAGCAACGAGCAGCUGAUCAUAGAGCGCAACAUGCGCGACGUGGCGGCGGCCGAGCGCAAGAAGGUCGACGCCACGCUGCUGCAGCGCCUGCGCCUCAAGCCGGCCAAGAUCCGCACGCUGGUGCAGGGAAUCCGUGCCAUCGCUGACCAGGACGAGCCCCUGCGCAAGGUGCAGAGCCGGAUGGAGAUCGCAGAGGGGCUGACGCUGGAGAAGAUGACUACGCCCAUCGGCGUGCUGCUGAUCAUCUUUGAGGCGCGGCCCGACGCUCUGCCGCAGAUCGCCUCCCUCGCCAUCCGCUCCGGCAACGGCCUCCUGCUCAAGGGCGGCAGCGAGGCAAAGCACAGCAACGAGCUGCUGCACCGCAUCAUCAGCGAGGCUGUGGAGGCUGUGGCGCCCGAGGUGGGGCCGGGGCUGGUCUCGCUCAUCAACACGCGUGACGAGAUCCGCGACCUGCUCAAGCUCGAUGAUGUCAUCGAUCUGGUGAUCCCCCGGGGAGGCAACGCGCUGGUGACGAGCAUCAAGCAGAACACCAAGAUCCCGGUCAUGGGCCACGCGGACGGCAUCUGCCACAUCUACAUCGACGAAGCGGCCGACAUCGACGAGGCAUGCAGGGUUGUGGUGGACGCCAAGGUUGACUACCCGGCUGCAUGCAACGCUGUGGAGAAGGUCCUCGUGCACGAGUCCCUCUUCGGGCCCAAGCUCUACCAGCUGCAGGUGGCGCUGCACGAGGCAGGAGUCUCGGUGCUGGGCGGCGAGCGCGCGGUGAAGCAGAUGGGCCUCGACGCGGCGCCGGCGGCCAAGCACGAGUACGGAUCGCUGGCGCUCACGCUGGAGUUGGUGUCCAGCAUGGACGAGGCCAUCUCGCACAUCCACGCCCACGGCUCCGGCCACACCGAGGCAAUCAUCACCGAGGACAAGGCGUCGGCGGAGGAGUUUCUGCGCAAGGUGGACAGCGCAUGCGUCUUCCACAAUGCAUCCACGCGCUUCGCCGACGGCUUCCGCUUCGGUCUCGGCGCAGAGGUGGGCAUCAGCACGGGGCGGAUACAUGCGCGCGGGCCGGUGGGAGUCGAAGGUCUGCUCACCUCCAAGUGGGUGGCACGCGGCGCGGGGCACACCGUCGAGAAGGACGCCCACAUCAAAUACACGCACCGCCCGCUCCCCAUCGCCCCCCAGCAUCAGACCGCCGAGACGGCGGCCGCCGUCGCCGCCGCAGCUGCCGCCCCUGCGCCGGUGAAAUCAGCCGCCGCAGCCGCAGCCGCCGCGCCGGCCGCGCACAAUCGCUUGAAUGGCAUUGCUGCCUGA